CAACAACUGUUGAGCACUAGCAUAAGUCGAAAAACAAUAUUUGAUAUUCUAUCAAACUUGUUAAUUUUUCAGAGAUGGCAGACACUUCAAGAUUCCGUUGCUUAUCUCCAUUAUUUCAAAGCCUCUUAUUUAAAGAUGAUGAUUGUCCAACUAAUACAUCAAUCGAGCAGAAAGCAGUUGAAGAGAGUGUGUUAAAAUGUUACAGAACAUUUCGAUCUUCACUAGAUAUCUAUCCAGAUAUGCCAUUUUUAGACAGAGAAAUGCACACAGACUUUCUGACCAAAGGUUUGCAAACAUUAUCGUCAUCUUAUGAGUGCUUGGAUUCUAGUCGACCUUGGCUAUGCUACUGGAUUUUGCAUAGUUUAGAAUUACUAGAAGUGAUCAUUCCAGAAGAAAGAGCUUUAGCCAUUGCUAAUUUUCUUGGUAAAUGCCAAGAUCCAGAGGGAGGAUUUGGAGGUGGACCAAUGCAGUUUCCACAUCUAGCCCCAACAUAUGCUGCGGUUAAUGCUCUAUGCAUUUUGGCAAAUGUAACCAAUAAAGUAUUUGAUGUCAUAAAUAGAGAAAAACUUUAUAAUUACUUAAUGAGAAUGAAAACCAAAGAAGGAGCAUUUAAAAUGCAUGAUGGUGGGGAAGUUGACAUCAGGGGUGUUUAUUGUGCUGUUAGCGUAGCUCGUCUUACAAAUAUUUUAACAAAAGAACUAUCUGAUGGAGUGGCUGAUUUUAUUACAAGGUGUCAGACAUAUGAAGGUGGAUUUUCAGGCUACCCAGGACUUGAGGCUCAUGGAGGAUAUACUUUCUGUGGCAUUGCUGCCCUUGUUCUUCUAAACCACACCGAGAGAUGUGAUCUUCGAUCCUUGCUGCGCUGGACAGCAAAUAGACAGACUCAACUUGAAGGAGGUUUCCAGGGCAGAACAAAUAAAUUAGUGGAUGGCUGUUAUUCCUUUUGGCAAGGAGCCACUUUUCCCAUUGUUCACAUGAUCAUGUGCACUGAUGAUGAUGAUCAAAACCUCAGUGCUGAGAGAUGGAUGUUUCACCAAGAAGCAUUACAAGAAUAUAUUCUUAUUUGUUGCCAGCAUUCCCAUGGGGGUUUAAUUGACAAACCAGGAAAAGCCAGAGACCAUUACCAUACUUGUUAUUGUCUGAGUGGACUUUCUGUUGCACAGCAUUUUAUUGGAGGAUCUUUGUCAAAUGAAAUUAUUAUUGGAAAUCCUCAAAACAGAUUGAGACCAGUUCAACCUGUCUACAACUUGAGUCUAGACUCUGUCAUGAUGGCCCAGAAAUAUUUUGGUAGUUUAAAAUUGCCUAGUGGAGCAGCUAAUAAAUGCUAAAUAGCACAAAAUUAUUGGAGCACUUUUGAUUUAAAACAAUUACUUGAUAUUAAUAUUAUGAAUAACUUGUUUCUAGGUGAUUUAAUUUUUGUUCCAUUUUAAAUUACAUACAUAUAGGAAUGAAAGAGAAAAUUUGUUUAAACAUUUUUUUAUGUGGUCUUGUCUUUAUCUUUUCCCCCAUAAUCUUGUCAUUUUGAACAAAAAUGUUUAAUGUUUGUUUUCUGAUUGUUGAAAACAAUGUGUUCACCAAAAGAAAAAAAAAACUAGCUAGUAUCAAAGUAUGUUUAUAAGAAUUAUUUCACUGACAAUGUGAUUUACUAUUUGAGAAUAAAAUGUCUUAUUCCUAGAGAA